GCCAAAUAAACAACCUUCAGCUUAUAUAUAUAUAGUAAAUAAUUUCAUAUACUUAUAAGCAUGUUUAGACUGUUACAUUAUUUGUUUUGCAUAACAAUGGCUGUAAAUUAUAGCUUUAUGGAAAUAAAUUAGUGGAUAUUAUAUUCAUACUUGCAAGAAUUAUUCUCAGACAGUGUAUAGAGAAUUUGUUCAUGUAUAACCUGUUUAUGGAUAUAAUAUCACUACCUUCAAUAUAAUUAUUGGUAAUUAUUCUUGUCAAUGCAUUCUUCCUUGAAACCUGUUUUGGGCUCAUCUGUUUCAAGUCUUAUGAGUGCAUCCAGUAGUGGAAGCGCUGGGAGUGGGCAUCCUUUAUCUGGUCAACCCACAAUAUCAGCUACACUAACAGCUGUACAUAAAAUGGAUUCUGAAUUACGCUGUCCAUCGUGUAGACGAUUUUUCCAAUGUCCUUUACUUUUACCAUGUGGACAUUCACUGUGUAAUUUAUGUGCAACUGGAGCUUUACUACCAGCAAGUGAACCAAGUAUAGCAGCUUCUAUAACAGCUGCGUUACAUUUGACUGCAAAUGAAAAUUUUAACCCUAGUAGUGGCCCACCACAGUCAUCAUCUUCAUCUUCUUCUACAACGGGGAGUAGUAUCGGUUGUCCUAGUGCAUUACACUCUCAAGGACAUGCGCAAAUUACAGGCUGUACUUCUGUUAUUCACUCAGAUUCCGAUCAAGUGAGUGUUGUUAGCGAAAGUGAUUCUGGGGUUAUUGUUAGCAGUCGACCAGGCAGUUACGUAGGGCGAUUGCCUGUUGUAAUAUGUUCAUCAACCUCAGGUUUGAAUCCUAGUCAAACGUAUAGUAUCUCUUCAUCCUCAAUAAGUCAGGUGUCAAGUGGUUUGAUAUGUCCAAUAUGUAACCACGUAGUUGGUCUUUUUGAUGACAAAGGAUUGAGUCAUCUUCCAAGGAAUCGUGCACUGGAACGCAUUAUAUCAAAGUUUAUUGGUCCUGAUCAACAGUCACAAUCUCAAAAAGCUAACAUUAACCUGGAACCCUUCCUGUUGAAUUCGAAUUCUGAUCCUAUCAAUAGACCAGGUGGACCACUUUGUCAGCUUUGUGAAGAACCUAAUAUCCCUUCCGAAGGUCAGACUACUUCAGGAGUCAACAAAACAGAGACUGAGGAACAAAAUUGUUUGGCCACAUUUUGGUGUGAACAAUGUGAAAUUUUUUAUUGUACACAGUGUCGUGAAAAAUGUCAUCCAGCUCGUGGACCAUUAAAUCGUCAUGCAUUACAUUCAGCUAGUCAAGGUGUUGAUAUAAUCAGACAGAAACAACGUAAUCAACCUACACCGUGUAUGUCACACUUGAAUGUAAUACCAAAUCUUUAUUGUGUUAAUUGUCAUAUACCAGUGUGUAAUGAAUGUAUUAGCAGUGACAAUUCACAAACCUUUGAAACUCAUUCAAAACAUGAAAUACUUCCACUGCUUGGAGUUUGUAAAUCUCGUAAAACUGAACUAUCGCAGUCAUUGCAAGCUCUUUCAGAGAGGGCUCGUUCCGCUUCAGAACACAUACAACGUCUAAGAUCGAAAUCAGAAACUGUAAACAGAAAUCUUGCAGACUCAGAGAAAGAACUUAUAGAUCAAUUGAAUACUUUAAUUGCUGCAAUCGAAACAAAGAAACAAGAGUUAACCGAACGUUUACGGGAUGAACGAUCGAAAAGAAUUCAUUGUUUAAAAGAUCAAAUAACUCGUGUUACCUCAAUGUUGACUAAAUCAACUGGCCUUAUUCAAUUUUGUAUUGAGAUGCUCAAAGAAAGCGAUCCAUCUGCAUUUCUUCUGGUUUCUCAAUCACUUAUAUCACGAACACAAACUAAUGAUAUUACUGGAUCUUUGUUAUCACUUGCUUUAUCAUCGAGUAAAGAUUAUUCUCAUCAUUCCCCUAAGAAACGAUCAAUGAAGUCAACUGAAGAAGUUGCUGUGAAGUAUAGCAAUACUGGUAGUGUUAUAGGUGGUGAUAGCAGUCCAAAGUUUGCAAAUAAGACCACUGAUCUGUUAGGAGUUAACAGUGUUGAAGCAAUACGUCGGGCAAUUUUAAAUUUGGGCCUAGAAGAAGAUCAAAAUAUGAAAAGAUCUGAGUAUUUUCAACUUAUCAAUCAAAAAAUUAACGAUGUACCCGCUGCACCAGUAUUUCUCGUAGAAGAAUGCAUCUCUGAACGUAAUGUUAUAACUCUUGUAUGGCAGCCUACAACGUCGAUACCUGUUGAACGUUAUACACUCGAGUUGGAUGAUGGGGCAGGUGGAAAUUUCAGAAAAGUUUACCGUGGAGUGGAAACUAUGUGCACAGUAGAAGGCUUACAUUUUCGAUCUAUCUAUCGUGCACGAGUGAAGGCGCACAAUCAAGCUGGUGAAAGUCAGUACAGUGAUCGAAUAUGCCUACAAACAUCAGACUUCACUUGGUUUCAUUUGGAUAUUGCUACUGCUGUACCAGAGAUUCUAUUAACAAAUGGAAAUCGUACUGUGACUAGUCAGUUAUCUGAGGACAGAGUUAUUCUUGGUUCAACUGGUCUAUCCAAAGGUGUGCAUUACUGGGAAUUUACUGUGGAUCGUUGUGAUCCCGGUGGACAACCUGCUUUUGGAAUCGCAAGAUAUGACUGUAAUAAGGAGAUCAUGCUUGGUCUUGAUAUGAAAAGUUGGUCAAUUUAUUUUGAUUAUAAAAGAAGUUGGUUCCUGCAUAAUGGUGAACAUUUUGAACGUACAGAUGGUGGAAUACACGCUGGAAGUAUAGUCGGUAUUCGAUUAGAUUGUAAUCGAGGCAGUUUAUCGUAUUAUUUAAAUGAUCAACCACAUGGUCCAAUAGCUUUUACUAACUUACCAAGUGGAAUUUAUUAUCCAGCUGUUAGUUUAUCAAGAGCUAUCCAAUUAACUUUACACUCUGGUUUAGAAGCUCCAAGUGAAAGUGAAGAAAGUGAUGAAGAUAGUUCUGGUGGUGGAACAGGAACUGAAACUACUUCUAUGGCAACUACUGUGUUAACUUUACCAUCAACACUACAAAGUAUGGGUUUAAGGCAAUAA